UAAACCUGCCACCAGACAAUACACUCACACAACACCAAUACUCUUCUUCAAACUCUGCAACUUCUGAUUUCUAUUACAAUAAGUAAUUAUUUGAUUUGGUAGUGAUUUGGAUUUUUUCAUAGACUAAAUUAAAGUUACAAUAGUUAUGUUCUCUUCUCUAUCACAUUGAAAUUAAGCUUUGAAUGCUCUUAUUUCGUUUUAAUUUUACCGCACUCAACAUGUUUGAUGAAAUGCUUUAACCAUAUUUCUGGUUGGUUUUAUAAUUUCUAGCUUUUAGAAACUUAGUAAGUUGAUUGCAUGUGAAAUUAGAAUAAUUGGAUCAUAGUAAUUAGGAAAUUUUAGCUGUACAAAUAACAUCUUUGCAGAAAACAUGUUAGCAUGAUGAUUCCACUUGCAUUAGUGUUCUUCUGGUAAAUUUUUUAACUGUUAUUGUGAACUUGUUAAUUUGCUAAUUGUUCUUGUGUUCUUCUGUUACUUUUAAUUUUUUUUGUUUUGUUGUGAUUUUCUGCUGUUGAAUUUGUUAAGUUGAUAAUUUGCUAAAUUGUUGGGCUGCUGUUGUUUUAAUUUGUCAAAUUGUUAGGUUGCUGCGACUUAAUUUGUUGGAUUUUCUAUUUAGGUCUUGUUCUUGUUUAUUUGCUAAAUUGUUGUUGUGUAUUUAUUGUUUAUUUGCUGGAUAUUGGUGAUCAUUGUCUUUGAGAUUAUUUACUAUGCAGGUUUAGUGUCAUCACUGUUUUGGAAUGUUUUAUAAUGUAGUAAUGUUUGUUGCUGCUUUGUAAUUGCUGGUUGCAGGUUUAGUGUGAUUAUUGGUUAAUGUUUUGUAAUGUUUGGUGCUGAAUGCUGAUUGUUGAGUUCAGAUAUGGUUAUUUAUUUUGACUUGGGUAAAGAGACUUAUGGUCAUUUUUUCCUGCCUUAUACCGAUUCAGAUGAUUAUUUUCAGAGGAUGAGCACUUAUUUAUGUAUCUUGAGAAACUGUCUUUCUGUGUGUUAUGAGCAUUUGGUGAAGCCUGUAUUGUACCUAUUCAAAGCUUAGUUUUACCAAAUGGUCUUUAAAAGCCUAUUGUCUCUAAAAUGCUACUGCACAGAUCCAAGUCUAUUGUCUUUAAAAGCCUGUAUGCACCUUCAUUUGGUGAAGCCUUUCUAGCACUAGUACACUACCAACUUUGUUAUUAAUAAUGUUAUCAAGUUUAUUUAUCCGAGUACUAUGUUUAUUUUUUAGUUGGAUUUAUGAUAAUUCUAUUCUUCCUAUUUUUGUCAGACAUUUCUUUUAACGUUUUGUGUACCGAUGAGGAAUUGUACUUGCUUGGUAUCAUGCUUUCAUCUGGCAUUUUUGCAUUUAAUAUAAAAAAGGAAAAUCCUAAGAGUAAUUCACCACUCCAUUAGAAAAACUUCAUACUACCUUAUACCCUCAACUUAAUACUUGCAUAUUUAUAAUUUUAUUAUUCUAUUCUAAAAUGGUUUUUCCGGUUGAACCACCGGUUAGACCGGUUGGAUCAAUAAACCAGUGAACCAAUAACUAAAGCGGUUUGAUAACCGGUCCGGUUCUCAGAACCUUGCUCCUGCCUCCUCACACUCAGCCAGUCCGAGCUCCUCUCAUCGAGAUCCUGCUCCUCCGUCACUUCCGUCCAACCACCGCCUGCUACCGCCGCCGACGCAAUUGUGAACAUUGAAGCCACCAUCGCGGCGUCGCAUCGCAACGUCGAAGCCUCCGAGGUGAGGGACCGUCACUCUCAGUCUCUCACGGCCUCACCUUGUCGCGCUCUCGGUCUCUCACCUCGUCCCCUCACCUCGUCCCCUUACCUCGGUCGUCGUUGUGGUCCCGUGCCCCUGCACUCGCUUCACCGGCGGCAGAAGCAGACGGAACCGCAUCUGGUCCCUCUGGUGGUGGUGGUCGUCGUCUUCUUGCUUCUCACGGUCUCUGUCUCGCACCUGGUCUCGAUCUCUCCCUUCCCUGCCCUCUUCGUUGCCGGUAGCAGAGGCAACAGAUCCCGGUGGCCUUGCUGUCAGCUUCUCCCUCGCCAUCAGCUUCUCCUUCGCCGUCAACUCCCUUCGUGCAACCUGAUUUGGAAUGGCGACAACCUUAAACAUGGCGAUGCCCGUGUCCAUGUGGAGCCCUACACAGACGAAGACAACCAAAACUGUUGCCCAACCCCGCGAGUUCCAAAGCCAAAAGUUGAAUAUAUUGCUGAAAGCAAUAACAUCUUCGACAACUUUGAGACAACUAAAGCAAGUGCACACUCAAAUUCUGCGCUCCAACCUGGAACGCUCUCACUCCCUCCUCAUCCGCCUGCUCCUCUCCUCCGCCGCCUUCUCCUCCGAGUAUGCCGUCUCCCUCUUCUCCCAAAUCCCAAACCCUCCCACCCAUUUUUCCAACCAACUCCUCCGCGACUUCUCUCGCGGCCCCACACCCUACAACGCUCUCUUGCUCUAUUACACCCUCAGGACAUGUGUCCCCCUUGCUCUUGACAACUUCAGCUUUCCUCCUUUGCUUAAGGCAGUUUCCAGAGCCUCUGCUUUGAACCAAGGUUUGGAGAUUCAUGGCUUUGCUUCCAAGUUGGGCUUCGAUGCUGAUCCUUUUAUUCAAACGGGUUUGAUUGGUAUGUAUGCGGCUUGUGGCCGCGUUGUGGAUGCACGCUUGCUUUUUGACAAAAUGUCUCAUCGGGAUGUUGUUGCUUGGAAUAUUAUGUUUGAUGGGUACUGCCAAAAUGGUUGUUAUGAUUGUGUUUUGGAGCUAUAUGAGGUGAUGAAGAGCUCUGGUGUGGAACCAGAUGGUGUGAUUUUCUGUACUGUGCUUUCUGCUUGUGGUCAUGCUGGGAAUUUGAGCUAUGGCAAAGCAAUCCAUGAGCUCAUUCGGAAAAGAGAUAUGGUUCUUGACUCUCACUUACAGAGGGCCUUAAUUAACAUGUAUGCAAACUGUGGUGCAAUGGAUUUGGCGCGGAAGCUGUAUGAUGAAUUCUCCACAAAACACUUGGUCGUUUCUACUGCAAUGCUUUCAGGGUAUGCAAAGCUUGGAAUGGUUAAAGAGGCUCGUAUGAUAUUUGACGAGAUGAUUGAAAAGGACUUGGUGUGUUGGAGUGCAAUGAUAUCUGGUUAUGCUGAGAGUGAUCAGCCUCACGAGGCUCUUAAAUUGUUUGAUGAAAUGCAGCUGCGCAGAAUAGUUCCUGAUCAGAUAACAAUGCUGAGUGUCAUUUCCGCUUGUUCUCAUGUUGGUGUGCUUGAAAAAGCAAAAUGGGUUCAUGCAUAUGUAGAUAAAAAUGGGUUUAGAAGAGCUCUGUCUGUCAACAAUGCUCUAAUUGAUAUGUAUGCCAAGUGUGGGAGCUUGGACAGAGCAAGAGAGGUAUUUGAGAACAUGCCAAGAAAAAAUGUGAUAUCUUGGUCCAGUAUGAUCAAUGCUUUUGCCAUGCAUGGGGAUGCUCAUAGUGCCAUAAACCUCUUCCAUAGGAUGAAAGAAGAACAUGUUACGCCCAACGGUGUUACAUUUAUUGGUGUACUUUACGCAUGCAGUCAUGCGGGUUUGGUUGAAGAGGGUCAGAACUUCUUUUCAUCCAUGAUUGAUGAGCAUGGCAUCUCUCCCAAGCUUGAGCACUAUGGUUGCAUGAUUGACCUGUAUUGUAGAGCCAACCUCUUGAGGAAAGCUAUUGAGGUUAUUGAGACAAUGCCUUUCGCUCCAAAUGUUAUCAUUUGGGGAUCCCUUAUGUCUGCUUGUCAAGUGCACGGUGAGGUUGAAUUAGGUGAAUUUGCAGCCAAACGACUUCUUGAGAUAGAACCUGAUCAUGAUGGAGCCCUUGUAGUUUUGUCAAACAUUUAUGCCAAAGAAAGAAGAUGGGAUGAUGUUGGAUUGAUAAGGAAAUUGAUGAGUCAUAGAGGCAUCUCCAAGGAGAGGGCAUGCAGUAGGAUUGAAAUGAAUAAUGAGGUGCACGAGUUCAUGAUGGCCGAUAAAUAUCAUGAAAAAUCAGAUCAAAUAUAUGAGAAAUUAGGUGAGGUAGUGAGUGAAUUGAAGCUAAUUGGCUACACACCAAGUACCUCAGGCAUUUUGGUUGAUAUAGAAGAGGAAGAGAAGAAAGAACUAGUUCUCUGGCAUAGUGAGAAAUUAGCAUUAUGUUAUGGGCUAAUAAGUGGGAGGAAAGAGUCAUCAUGUAUUCGCAUAGUUAAAAAUCUCAGAAUAUGUGAGGAUUGCCAUACCUUCAUGAAGUUGGUUUCGAAAGUGUAUCAAAUAGAGAUUGUUGUGAGAGAUAGAACUAGGUUUCACCAUUGUAAAGGUGGUGUCUGUUCUUGUAGAGACUAUUGGUGACUUUUAUAUCAUUUUUUUUUUCUAUUUGUAAAUUGAACUAUAGUAUCACAUAUUUUCAUCUUCAUUGAUAGACCUACCUUGCAAUUGCAACAGCA